AUGAAGCUCGUCAGAUUCCUCAUGAAAUGUACAAACGAAACAGUCACCAUCGAACUCAAAACCGGUGCCAUCAUCCACGGCACAAUAGCCUCAGUCUCUCCACAAAUGAACACGAACCUCCGCGCUGCGAAAAUGACACCAAAAGGCGGCGUACAAAUCUCCCUGGACCAAAUUUCUGUCCGAGGAAGUGAGAUCAGAUAUUUCAUCCUGCCGGACAGCUUACCUCUGGAUACGCUUCUGAUCGAUGAUGCACCGAAGCCCAAGAACAAGGCGAGGAAGGAGAAGGAGGGCGGUGCUGCUCCAGGUGGCCCUGGAGGACGAGGUGGAGGUAUGAGGGGUGGUGGCAGAGGCGGCGGUAGAGGGCGAGGUGGUGGGCGUGGUCGUGGGAGAGGUUUCUAG